AUGUCAAUGGACGAAGUGUUACGAAUCAAGGAGAUCAUGGAACAAGCAAUAUACCGAAAAAAUCUUGAACUGGUACAGUUGUUGAUCGAGCGCGACAGUCUUCACAUGGAGCAUGACUCGUUAUUAGUUGACAUUGAUGAUUUCACAGAACAUGAAACAGAGUGUUCGGCGCUGGACUUCCCUCAUCUUUUGGCUAUGAUGGACGGUUUGAUAACUCCACCGGUGAAAGAUGAUCCGAAUACGCUGUCGCCAAAUACAGGCCUCUUGUCACCAAGUCAAAAUGGAGCUCCAACUCCAGCUCCAACUCCAACCACUCCGACAAAAGCAUUUGUUGCGCAAUUACCAAAAUCUCUCUCACGAUUCGUGCUCUUCCGACGCUGA